UUGCAGUUGGUGGUUGCAAAGAUACUAUUCGAGCACCAGAAGAGUUUUAAAUAUUUAAAAUGUCCAAAUAUUUUUUUAUUGCUUUUCUAAUAGUCAUAAUUGGAAGCGUCAUCUCCAAUGCAUAUAAAACAACCCAAAUAAGAGAGGAAUCGGUUCUUAUUCGGCCAAGACGAGAUACAUCAGAAGAACAACCACUGGAAACCAAUGCUAAUGGAAAGGAUGCCGCAGAUGGAACUAAUCAAGGUCUUCUUGCUUCGUAUUGGAAUAGUUUCCUAAAGAGAGCUCGUCUACCGCGCCCAAGUUGGAAUAUAACAAAUCCUUUAUCCAAUUUAUUCAAUCCCUAUGUGGUUGAAGUCGAUUAUCCUCCAGAAAAUUCCAAACCACAGCAACUGAAUGGCAAGCCACAUCUUAUUUUGCUUGAUCCUGAAACACAACAAUAUUACAAGGUGCAACCAGUUCCUUCAUAGAGGUACAAAUUGGUAACUUAUUAGUGAUAUAUAUUAUCAUAAAUUAUGCAUUGAUUUAUUUAUUUAUAACAUUAAAAAUUCACUCAAAACCAAUAUAAUUAAUAAAAAAAAACUUUGAAAAAAUACA